AUGGAGGACGCUCUCGAUUCAUUGCUGGAUCUCCCCCUCGAUCCGUCCGAACUCCGGGACGGCGCUGAUUCCGAUCAAGAGUCCGACUCCGAAGCCUCCAAUGAACCCAUUCCUCCCCCGCCCCCUCUGCAACGCUUCCCCUCCCUCGAUGCCGCCUGGCAAUCUCUCCAAGCUUUCGCCCAAGGCAAUGGCUUCGCCGUCGUCAAGCGCAGGUCGCGCCCCGAUCGUCAGACCGGCGAGGUCCAGGCCACCUUUGGCGAAUGGCGUCUGAUCGUCCACGAUCCCACACAUAAUCAUGGAGGCGCCUCCGCCUCGUCCCUCCCUUCCUUCCGCCGGGCGGCAUUGAAGCGCCAUCAUAACCAAAUCGCCGCCAUGCUGCACCAGAGCCUCCCUCCACGACAGAUCAUCUCCAUCCUCGAAUUCCAAGAUCCCAACACCCCGAUCCGGGCCCGCGACAUCUACAAUCUCCGCCAUCGACUGGACAUGGGGCUGCUGGGUGGUCGCUCCCCGGUCGACGGCCUGAUCGGUGCCCUG